AUGCCCACUGAAGGUGCCAAUUUGGAAAAUUUGUUAGAACGAGUUAUUCAAAUGAACAUGAUUAUUAUUGAAGAAAUGCACCAGCAGCGUAAACAAAUUACUGAACAACAAGUACUAAUUUCAUCACAGUUGUCUACACACUCGUCAACAACUGUACCAGAUGAAGCAUUAACUGAUCCGUUAUCACGACCAUUCAACAAAAUAAAUGUCAAACCCAAAGAGUACAAUGGCACCAAUGAAGAAAAUGUUGUUACUUGGCUAAUAGCUUUGGAAGAAAUUAUGGCCAAUCAGUUAACCCACGAUGAUGAUCGAAUAUCACUUAUUCUUAGUUUAUUAGGUGGUACGGCUUUACAGUGGUUUGUUAACUUGAAAUUGAAAAAUCAACGACGUUCAUCAUGGAAUGAAUUUAAAGGAUUAGUUAAAAAAGAAUUACACCUGUUUACUUAUGAUGAAUCACAUGAAUUAUUACAUCGAAAAUUAAAUGAUAAACAAACAGCUCCAUAUAUACCAUUUAUAUCACGCUUAGAUUUAGUUCUCAAAAUGCAUAAUGCCUAUGGACAUAUACGAGUUGAUGACAUUCAAGAAUUGUUACAAACAAAAGCAUGGUGGCCAGGAAUGAAAGCUGAUGUUCAACAAUGGAUUAAAACAUAUGUCAAUUGUCAAAUUUCAACAUGUGGUAAAACCACAACUGAACCAUUACAUCCUUUAACUCCAGUGCCUCCAUUCCAUCGUUGGAGUUUUGAUUUUAUUGGCCAACUACCAGUAACAUCUAAUGGUAACCAGUGGAUAUUAAUUGCACUUGAUCAUACAACAAAAUGGUCGAUAGUUAGAGUGGUUCCAAAUGCUACACAUGAAGUUGUUGCUAAAUUUGUUUAUCAAGAAAUUGUUUUAAAUUUUGGUUGUCCAACAGAAAUAAUUACUGACCGAGGAAAUAAUUUCACAAUAGCGAUGUUAAAUUCCUAUUUUAAACUGAUUGGUAUUAAACAUAUAUUAACAUCUGCUUAUCAUCCAAGGUCUAAUAGUAUUAUUGAACGGUUUAAUCGUUUAUUUGGUAGUAUGCUCGCGAAAUACGUAGCUGAUAAUGCUAUCAAUCAAUGGGAUGAAUAUGUUGAUCGUGCAUUAUUUGCAUGUCGAACAAGACAACAUCAUGCCACAGGUAAAACACCCUUUUAUAUGGUGUAUGGUGUAGAAGCAAAAUUACCAGGUGAUGAAUUAAUUCCUAUCAUUAAUGAUGAUGAACAAAGUAAUAUUACUAAUCGUGUACAACAAAUUACUCAACUACUACAACAACGUGAUACUGUACAUGAACGUUCAGAUUCAAAUGCUAAUAAAAUGAAACAGUAUUACAAUCUCCACUCAAGAAACCAAGCUGCUGAACUACACGAGAAUGAUUGGGUAUUAAUACAUAAUGAAAACCGAAAGAAGUUUCAUUCUCAUUGGAUUAGACCGUACAAAAUUAGAAAAAUUUGUCCAUUAGGAACGUAUCAACUCGAAAAUGUUAAAGGACAAAUUAAAUUAGAUUUAGUACAUCGUGAUAUGUUAAAACGGGCAUAUGUUAAUCCAAGAACAAUGCAACAAUGGUACAAGCCGUCUCGUCGAAAUAAUAAACACCAUCUUAGUUAA